UCAUAAAUACUGAAUCGGAAGAUGUUCAACAGGUAGUCGUCAUCGGUACGAAAAGGAAGAAUAAUAAAAGCUGUGACAAAACUAAACGAUAACAAAAAUCAGUUUGCUGAAUAUUGCUGCGACGAAUGGUUAGAGUCUAGACAAUUUGCGUGAUUUACGAUAUAGCAGGAGAAGGAUAUACAAGCAAAAAAACGGCGGGGCGAAAAGUCUAUUACAGUCAAGCUAUAUAAAGAAUGCCGCACGAUAACGUUUAUCAAUUGAUGUCUGAUGGCACAACAAGGCUGCACACGAUUUUACAAAAAGGAUCUUCAACAGAAUUGGAAGAAGCAUUAAGAACAUAUGAAACGGAUAUCAAUAAAAUAAAACUGUACUUGGAGCAAAAGUUCGCUUGGGACCCAUGUGAUGAAAUCUGGCUCAGGAAAACAAUCUUGGUGGCAGUCACUCAGCAACAAUGCAGGAAAGCAAAGCAGUUUGAAAACGAUUCAGCGUUGCGAAAAAAUAUGGAGCAAAAUAUAUUCGUCUUACUGCUAAGCCCUGUGUGUGAAGACUUUGUAGCUGUAAUUCAUCCGGGCGAUACUAAUCUUAUAUCUGCAUUCAACUUUAUCAGAAGUCUAAUGCCGAACGGAUUUCUUUCGUUAAACUAUACCGGUAUAUAUGGAAGUCAUCAAUCGUACAUCGAAACAGCUGUUUCUAAUGGAAACAUUGGAGCCAUAUCAAAACUUAUCAACCUUGGUGCAUCCCUCAGUCUGCCAGAACACAACCCAUUAUUGCCUGCUUGCAAGAAUCUCCAAAAAGAAACAAUUCGAUGGCUGCUAACUGAACAUUUUGAAAAUUUCGAUUGCACUUCAAGGAAUGCGUCUCAAAUAAAUGCCAUAAUGAUUUUGAUGAAAACAAAUGACGUUGAAAUUCUGGAUUACGUGUUAUUAAAAAUGAUAGCUUACCGACAAAAGAACUUUAAUGAAUCGCAAGCACAAGCUUUCAAUCACAUAUUUCGCUAUGAACACGAAGUCUACACUAGAUCCUCCAUACUAUCUCCAAACCUUUCAGAACCAAUUCGUGCAAUUAUCUCAAAAUAUAUCGUUGAGUAUGAACUAGAUUUGACAUACCAGUGGAAAGGAAUCACUAUUCUAGCAGAACUCCUAUACAUGAAACUAGCUCUAGAUUAUUGCUGGGAUUGUAUACGAAAACGCCCAGAACUGUUAGGACUGGUUGUUCGUCAGGAUGCAACCAUCGUGCAUGAAUGUAUACGAUUGCAAAUACUAGGCAUACUGAAGGAAACUUAUCAAAUCCAACCAAAUGUUAAACGAUACUUUGAAACUAAUCAAGCGUUUGAAACGCUUCAGCAAACGCUGUGGAACGAAGAGUACGAUUCAGUGGAAUUCAUUUUAGAACAUCAUCGGCAAUUUUUCUUGAACAAUAUCGAUAGACUAAAGAAUGAGGUAAUAUUUUGCAAAUAUCAUAGACGGUCAUUUUAUAUUAAGAACUGUACUCGGCUGAUAAAGCAUUUUCCAUCACUGAAGACCGAAAUACAACAAAUUGCGUUGAAUGUCAAAGAUCAAGAUAAAGUUUCAGAUCUUGAAAUGGCAUUGGCCGGUAUUGAUAUCAAUCAUAGCCAAUCAGUUAUCAAACUAAGCAGUAUUAAAGGUACUAAUGGAAUCACGCUUGUACACCAUGCUGUGGAUAAAGACAACCUUGAUUUACUCUCAAGGCUACUAAGCGCAGAUUUCGAUUUCGAUGCUGUAGACAAUGAAGGAAACCAUCCAAUCCAUUACGUGCAAUCCUUAAACAUGUUCAACACACUCGUUGAGAAACAUCCAGAAGGGCAAUCACUUGUGAACCGCACGAACUUCGCCGGAUACUCAGUAUUGCACAAAAUUUGCCAGCUCCGUGGAAAUCCAGAGUUAUCUGUCGACCUGAUCGACAAAGCCAUAGCAUGUGGUGCCGAUGUAAAUCAACUCACCAACGACGGAAAUUCAUCACUCUUCAUGAUUUCCAACACCACCAUUUUGGAAACAUUAGUACGUCACGGCAUUCACCUCGACAGCGUCAACAGCCGCGGUCAAACCGCCCUGGAAUGUAAUCUGAUGAAUCGCAACCGAAAGAUGGCAAACGCUCUUUUUCGGUUAACACAUCGAAUGCCAUCGUUCAAAGAUCACGCCCACAAGUACUUUGCACCGAUGAUUUUCAGUAAUAGGCCUUUCUUCACCCAAAGCUACAGACCAUUUUUGGAGGCCAACCCGGACACGCUUAAGGACCUGUUUGAUUCGGUCUACGAGCAUUCACCCGAGCGCGCAGCAGAGCUGUUCAACAAAGCCUGCUGUAGUGGAGCGAUCUUUGUGGUUGACAAUUUUCUGAAGUUUGAUUACAAUUUGAACUAUAACUUUCGGGGUGAAAACGGUUGUACAUCUAUAGUGGGAUUAUUAAAUUGUGUACAUGGACAGCACGAAGGUAUAGUGAGGAGGCUUCUGUCCAAAGGUGUCGAUCUGGAGAUCCGCAACAAUGUUGGCAGAAAUGCUCUUCUCACCUUUGUGGGUAGAUUCUCUUCAAAGGAAGACUAUGAACAUAGUACAAGUAUGGUACAACUUCUCCUGGACAAUGGAGCGCAAUUGGAUUCAAGAGAUGCUGAAGAAAAUAAUUCUCUUCAUUUGGCGUUCCGUAGAAGUGAGCUAGAAUUGGUGGAAUUAUUGCUGCAGAAUGGUGCAGACUUCAGAGCAAUCAAUUGCGCCGGGAAAACCCCUAUUCAAAUGGGGGCCAAAUUGUACGGUGAAUUAUUCUAUUUUAUUAGUUAAUCUUUAGAUCCAUAAUAAAGUGAAAAUAAUCCAAUCGAAUCCAACAAAAAUUUAAUCUAAAUCCCAUCCAAAUU